AUAAAUGGAAGGCAUCGGAAAUUUUUUGUUGUGCAAUUUUGUGUUUGUCCUCAUCAGAGCAAGGAAGUCGUUUGAUUAAAUUAUCAAUCAAAUUAAAGUAUUUGGUCUACGAUCAACCAACAUGUCAGUCUCGAUGGAGGUCUGCCGGACGUGUAUGACCGCGAACCAGAAAAAGCGCCCUGGAAAGCUGGUGUCCAUCUUCGCUGAAUUUGAGGGUGCAGUAAUAGCAAACAUUAUCACGGAUUGCACUGCCGUUCAGAUUGCUGAAAACGAUGGCCUACCAGUGGUAAUUUGUUACGAAUGUUUCGAAACUUUAAAAUUGUUGACCGCUUUCAAAAUUACCGCCCGGAACUCCGACAGUAAGCUACGCAUGAUUUGCAAAGAGGAAUCUGUUGAAAGUUAUGAUAAGGCCUACAUUUCUGCGCAAGUUGAAGUGCUGUAUGGGGAAUCGCAGCAACAAGCACCCGACGAAAUCGCCGAAGAACUUUUUGUGGAACCGAAAGAGGAAGAUCAGACCGACAAUGACACAGACAGUGAUUGGAAAGAAAGUGAUCAGGACACGAAUCGAACGGUGAAAAGACAGAAGCUUGGGUUAAGAUCGAAGACAAAACCUCGAAAGAGGAUUGUUAAACUGGUGGUUUCAAAUAGAACUAUUGAAAAGGAAAGUGAUUUCUUGCUUAGUGAAAAGGAGCGGGGAUUCUCCACCGUUGUUAAGAUUCCACACGAAUGCUACAUUUGCUGCGGUUGCUUACAAUUUUAUAGCACGGAUGAGGAAUUGGAUGCUCAUCAAAACUCAAAGCCCCAUACGCCUAUGGAGCUUUUCCUUACUUACGUGUUUGCACAACCAACGCUGAGGGUCGACAAUCGAAUCCCCGAAGUACCUGACCGAUUUUGCUGUCGAAAUUGCAACGGGCUUGUCCAGCACCUUGACGUCCUCAAAAGUGACUCGUCGGUGACCAUGUGCUCGGUUGCCCCAGAGUUCUAA